GUGCAUUUUAUUUAGGAGUGGUAGUUUAUCUGGGAAAUGAUCCCUGAAAGCAAUAGUGGAGAGCUUUCCAUAGCCUUACUUCCAUGAGUUAUUAUGUUGGCAAUCUCUUGUUCUUGGUCUCUUUCCCCAUCUUGCCAAAAACAGAAGGGGGUUAAGAAGAAGAGAAAAGGAGGUAAAGUGAGAAGAAACCUAUCCUAGAACACUAAAAACAUAGGAAGGAAGGUCAGCAUAUGAACAACAGUUUUCGAAAAAGCAGCCAGUUGUCACAGGAAAGGAUUCCACAUCCUCCCUGCCCACUUCCCUGUUUGCUGUCCUGGAAAAUCAUCCGAGCAGUUCCCCUCUUGGUUUUCCACAUGACUAAGCCCCACGGGUCUCAUCUUAUCAGACCUCUGGCUGCCUGGCUGCCUCUCCCCAGUGUCUUCAGCUUCCGCAGAGCCCAGCGGGCCCUGCAGACCUGGGCACACUGCCCACCCCCUCCCACCUUCGUUCCUCCACACCCACACCCACACCAAAGAGAGUCUCACCGGUGGCCUGGCCCAGUGUGGGGGUGUCCCAGGGUCCCUGGAUGCUCAGGCAGCAUGGAAGGACCCAUCCAACUCCUGGUCUGCCUGGCCUGCAUCAUCCCCAUGGGGUCAUGUGUGGAAACUAAAAGAGAUACUACCGGGAACCCACUCAACACAGAGGUGCACAGCGCGCCGUCGCAGCGCUGGUCCAUGCAGGUGCCGGCCGAGGUGAGCGCGGUGGCGGGCAACGCGGCGGUGCUGCCCUGCACCUUCACGCACCCGCAUGGGCAUUACGCCGGGCCGCUGACGGUCAUCUGGCGCGCUGGCGAGCCCUACGCCGGGCCGCAGGUGUUCCGCUGUGCGGCGGCGCGGGGCAGCGAGCUCUGCCAGACGGCGCUGAGCCGCCACGGCCGCUUCCGCCUGCUGGGCAACCCGCGCCGCAACGACCUGUCGCUGCGCGUGGAGCGCCUCGUCCCCGCCGACGCUGGCCGCUACUUCUGCCGCGUCGAGUUCGCUGGCGACGUCCACGACCGCUACGAGAGCCGCCACGGCGUCCGGCUCCGCGUUACGGCCCCGCCGCGGAUCAUCAACAUCUCGGUGCUGCCGGGCCCCACGCACACCUUCCACGCGCUCUGCACGGCCGAGGGGGAGCCGCCGCCCGCCCUCGUAUGGUCCGGCCCGGCCCUGGGCAACAGCUCGGCCACCGUACCUGUCCCCGCUCACGGCCACCAGGUGACAGCCGAGCUGCCGGAGCUGGCCCACGACGGCCGCUACACGUGCACGGCCGCCAACAGCCUGGGCCGCGCAGAGGCCAGCGUCUACUUGUUCCGUUUCCGCGGCACCAGCGGGGCCUCGGCGCUCGCCCUGCCGCUCGGCGCGCUCGGCCUCAAGGCCCUGCUGUUGCUCGGCGUCCUGGCCGCCCGCGCUGCCCGCCACCGCCCAGAGCACCCAGUCACCCAGGAUACUCCACCACGGCCCCAGGCUCAGGAGUCCAACUAUGAAAAUUUGAACCAGAUGAGCCCCCGCAGCCCACCAGCAGCCGUGUGUUCCCCAUGUUCACCAUGACGAGCCUCUCGGCCCACUGGCAGCCACGUGUGCAGCACAAGAAGGGAAGACCAAAAGAGGUGUGGCUGGUACAGCCCUUGAGGCCCAGGCACCUGGCAGCUGCCAGACUGGAGGCCCCUCAGGGAGUCAGGACCCCACCCACAGACACUCAACUAAUCUCCUACAUGGGUGUCUCUGUCUUGAAGCCCCCAUGUCAGUGAGUCCAGCAUUUUGAAAGUGUGUGUGUGCGUGUGUGCACACAUGGGUGAGCUCCAGUGUGCAACUUCCUGAAUAGCUCUUUUGCCCUUUCUGACCUAGAACACCACAGUAACACAGACAGGAAACCAGUCAUGGAGUCUGGAGGCCAAGCUGUGUCCUGGCCCCGUCACUGACUUUUUGAGUGGACUGGGACCCUUUCUUCUCUUCUUCACUAUUCUUCCCCCUUGGCUGGCAGGACUAUGAAGAUCUGAGGAAAUCAUGGAUAUGAAGGGACUUCAGAAAGUACAAAGCUAUCUACAGAUGUGAGGGUGUUGCAGGCCCUCCUUGCUGAGCAGCCUUGGACAUGCAGAGGUGUCUUGGAUAGGUGUGGCCCCCACACCAACCUUGAAGAUGACGGUGGGUUCCAGAGAACAAGCCUGGGGAUGGGGCUUCAGGGCUGAGGUUAUGCAAACCUGUGAUCAGAGGAACAUCAAGUUCUGGGAUCAUGGCAGAAAAAGGGUUGGAGCCCUUGCCUCCUGGAACUCCUCUGGGACUAUCAUAUACCCUCUGCCCACCUCACACCCCAUCUGCUGCCCUGCACUGCUUUGAAAACGGAACAAAACACCCAUUAGCUCAAAGCUCCUGAUAGUCACUCUUCUCAGGGACCAGAAGCUGGGAGGCCCGAGGGGAGGCCUGGGCUUGCAGGGUCCCCAAGGAUCAAACAGCCACGGCUGUGACCCUCUGCAAUCUGAAUCCUCCCAACCUGUGCCAAGUUCAAAAGCGCUGGCAGUCUCGCCCCCAUUUGCCCUUGUCCUGCCAGGCUGGUUUGGAGGGGUGUUGCAUCUGGUAUUUACACUUCAGUGUGAAUUAGCUGAUCACAUUCCUGCAGUGCCUGGGGCUUAGGAAGAGGGCUUACAGAGGCAGGCGCAGGCAAGCUUGGGACCUGGGCAAGCUGGCGAGAGGAAAGCAUCACAGAGAAGGCAAUGAGGACAAACUUUCUUCCUCUGGAACUUUUCCAAAAGCUGGGAUGUCAACCUAAAGUCAGCAUAGGGUCUUCUCUGAUGCUUUUCAGGGGAGAUGGCCCAAAGGCUGAGGGCUAUCUUCAUAAGUUAAUGAGUAAGGCAGGGGUUAUAAGUGUCCUCUCUGGCCAGAGUCUUCUCUAGGGCAAGUGGGUGGUGUCAGCUCUCCUCUUCUGGGUGACUUGGGAUCCAUGCAAGAGCCUGUGUGGGCUGCUAAGAAGUCAGAGGAGUCGGCAUGUGUAACCCCUUGUAUGGGGGUACUUUCGCCACCUCUGUGGAGAGUCCUGUGUCACAAGGCAAGAAGUUAAGUACACAGGGGUGGUGUGUAUUGGAACAUCUGCCUAGUCUUUGAGGCCAGUUUCACAGCCAAGAAGAAUAGUGAUAGGAAUUACUUCUUAUAUGUCUGCUUUGAGCUAGGCAUUGGGCUAGGUGUUUGAGGCUACGAAAAUAAGUCAGGCAUGUGUAUUGCUCAGGGUAAGGAGCACUGGAUGUGCAACAGUUAAACGCUCCGCUGCUAACUGAAAGGUUGGUGAGUUCAAACCAACCCAGAAGCUCCAUGGGAGAAAGACCCAGCAAACUGCUUCUGUAAAGAUUAUGGCCAAGAAAACCUUAUUGGGCAGAUCUGCUGUGUCACAUGGGGUCACUGUGAGUUGGAAUUGACUUGAUGGCACCCAACAACAGCAACACUAGUCAGGGUGGUAUGUUGUGCUGCGGUAACAAAUAAAGCCCAAAAUCACAGUGGCUGAUAACAACAAGGGCUUGUUUCUUGCCUGUCACAGAUUGGCAGGGGCUUUGCUCACAGUAGUUACUCAGCACCCCACCAUCUCUAAUGUUGCCGAUUACUGGGCCAGAGGUAAAACAGUCUUCCAAUUGUAGUCAUAGCUCAUUGGCCAGAACUAGCCACAGGCCCCACUCACCCACAGAGAACCAGGCAGUGCAAUUUGACGUUGCACCUGUAAGGGGGAAAGCCCGAAGCAUUUAGGAACAGCACUGCUGACUUCACAGGAGUUCUCUAGGAGUUCUCGGGCUAGCGAAGGGCACAGACCAGGAGUUGGGAAAUCAUGUAAGGGCAACAAUAGAGGUAAGCAGGGGGUGCUAUGGGAAGGGGGCACAUGAAAGGGGCAACUGGCCCAGUCUUGGGAAGGCUUCCUGGAGGAGGGGAUGUGGAGAUGGUACAAGUUGCCCAUGCAAAUGGGGGCAAAGAGAGGUUGGGAGGUAAGAAAGAAGGCUUUUAAGCAGAAGGGACCGUCUAAGCAAAGACCAGGAGGUCGGACACAGUGUGGUGUUGAAGCAGGUGACAGCUGCUGGAGUGUGAGGUAGAGGUAGGGUGGGGUCAGCUGACGCUGGAGCAGUGGGCAGGUCAGACGCCAGGGUGAAUGGUGCUGGCCUUGGUACCUGGCGCUGUCCCUGUGAAGGGUCUGAGUGGAUCAGAGCUGCCUGUCCUUCUGCAUCUGAUACUCUCGGAGCAUCCAGGGCUCUGUCCUUGACAAGCAAGGACCAGGGCCAUAGGCUUAGCACAACGUCCUAGGGCCACAAAGUCAAGGAGAGAAACAAUUUCUGAGACCCAGUGUUUUCAAGACUGGACUUCCCAGGGUGGUGCAGGAUGCAGAGCUAGGGCUUUCCCCUUCCUCAGCACAGAGAGCCAUGAACAGGAGCCCUCUCUUUCCCAAACGGGCUUCUGACAAGCAUGAUUCCCUCUAUUCUCAGGCGCCCACCAGAAGGUUUCUCAAGGCAGGCAAUGACUGAGAGAUAGCAGUGGGAGGAAGAGGCAGACCUUGCUCAGAUGCCCCCCAGGUCCACCAAGGGUCCAUCAUGCUUUCCCUGCCUCAAGGAGCUGAUAAUCUAUGUUGUAAAACUAGAUGUAGCUACAUGAGAAGAAACUGCCCAUAAGACGAUCCAUGAUGAAGGUAGGCCCUGCCUGGAGAUGAAGACAAGGACUUGGCUGGAGAGGCGGUUGGGGCCAAGUUUUCAAGUAUAUUCCCUUAGCCAGAGUGGACGAGAGGCAGGGCCACGGUGAGUACUCCGGUCCUACCAUCCCCACAGCCUCCGGGCUGGAAGGGGCCUUAGGAGCAUUAGGAGUCCUGGGCUUUGUCCCCAGCUCCAGCCCUGGCCACUUAGGUCCAACCUUCCCCCUCUACCUCACCCCAACAACAUUAACAGCCCCUCAUGUUUCUGGAGCCCCUUGUCAUCCUCAAAGUCCCUUUACCUCUGUGAUCUCAGAUACUUCUCACUAAAAGCCCUGGACAAAGUGAGGCCGGAAUUACCUUCAUUUUAAAAUCAGGAAAAAGUCCCAGGGAGGAAAAUGAUCUGGCCAGGGUCACGUGUCUAGUGACAAAACUGCAACUGGAAUCCAGAACUCAUGGCUCUGGUCACAGCUCCUUCCACUUCCUCUGUCUUUUCCUUGCUGGUGUUUUCUCUCCAGUGUCUUUCCUCCUCUCCUGUGCCCCCUUCUCUUUAUUUGUCGUAUUUUAAAAGGAGAAAAACAUGAUCUGACAAUACAAGGAUUCAGAAUCAUUUGGGAUUGGGACUCUAUGUUAGGCUCUAUUAAAAUAUGGUGUCCAGGCCAGAGACUGUCUUGGUUCACUCUGACCAAUAGACUCUGACCAGGAGUGUGGGUCUGUUUCCUAAAAGAGUUGAGGCUAGCAAAGGAAGGUCAAGAGGGGAGAAGGCUGAGUUCAGAAGAGGAGCAUUUUUGGAGGAAGGUCUUGGCUCCUUCAUCCCUUAGAUCUUUCUUAAUUCUCAGAGUUGCCUGUGGCAGCAUGGACCACUUCCUGAGGGGCACUUCACCUUCAGUGAGUGUUCCAGCAAGGAUGGCCACUGGUCUGGAGACAGUUAACCUCAUUGCUACACUAGGCGGCGGUGGGACAGUUUGAACUCCAAGGCACUUUCCCACUCAUAAAUCCUGUGGUUCUAUCUGGAAAAAGAGGCCACACCUAGGCAUGGGUGGGGGAAACACACCCUAUACCUAGAAGGUUCUGCCCCUGGGAAAUCUCAAAUUGAUGUUAAUCCCAAAUUGAAGGUACAGACCCUCCCACCCCUUUGUCAGCCUCGGUUGUGUUAUUACCAGCAGCCAAGGUGUGUCUUACAAAUGUUACUGAAAAUUAACAGCAAGGAGGAACUCCCUAGCAUAUUCCACCACUGAUGGUAGAUUGCCAGGACCAACCACGACCACGCUCAGGUUACAGUGCCCUCUCCUGGCAGCUCAGCCCUCCCCCACUUCAGGAACUCAGGUGGUGGGAGCCUUUGUGCAGCUUCCGUGGCCCCCUCCUACCAAGGUCACGGCCACAUUACAGACCCGAGAAGGCUCUCCUUACCUCUCUGGGAUCAUCAGGUAGCUUUCCAUCCAUGCCAAUUCUUAUACCCUCAAGUUUCAAAUUCUCUUUGAAACUAGAGGCCUUGCCCAUCGUGGUGACAUAUCACCACAGAAUACAGACUCUACCCAUUACAAGCCUUCUAAUUUCAAACUUUUCUCAGUGUGAUUUCUGGAUGCAAACAAGACCUGCCAACCAACUUGCCAAAAACAAGACAUGUCUACCAUGUGUAAAUCAAAUCUGAACCAGGUUUAUUUGCAGAAUUUUACUUAACCAAUCCCCAUUUCUUCUUGUUUCUCACUAUGAUAUAAAAACCCCAGUGUAUAGACAUGUAAAAUGCUGAACAACGAGAAGUGAAUCUUGCACAGGUUAAUGAUCAAAAUAAAGUCAUGAUUUUAAA